AUUGGCUAGACUACUCACAUUGGACGAUAUCGAAAACCUGGAACCGCGCUCUGACAUCAAAAAGCGAGCGCGAUUGAAGCAUUUCACCUGUGAAAAUUUGCCACAAAAGUAUUGAAUAUUAGAGACGCGGAAAUACAUUUGUAGUGCUACUCAAGUCUAAUGUCUACGAAUCCUGGACCUAAUGAGUUGUUUUCAACAUUUUACGAAGAAGUCAAGGCUAUUGAGAAGCGAGAUUCUGUAUUAACCCCGAAGCAACAAAUAGAUAGACUUAAUCGGCCUGGAUCAACUUAUUUUAAUUUGAAUCCAUAUGAUGUUUUACAAGUGGAUCCUGAUGCAGCAAUGGCUGAUAUAAAAAAGAAAUACAGACAGCUAUCUCUGCUUGUACAUCCGGAUAAAAACCCAGAUGAUAUUGAAAGAUCUCAGAAAGCCUUCGAAGCUGUAAACAAGGCUUACAAGACUCUGGAUGACCCCGAAACUUCCCGCAAAUGCAAAGAAGUAGUGGAGGAAGCGAAAGAUCUUGUUGAACAAAUGAUGAUUGAGAAACGGAAACGUGUUAAAAAGACAAGCGGAUCUAUUACGAUUGAAGAAGAUGACCCUGAAAAGCGGCGUCAUGCCAUAUAUGUGCAAACAUGCAAACUGUUCGCUGAUCUUGAGAGACUAAGGGUGGAAGAAGAGCAAAAACAGUGUUCAGAAAGAAAACGCAAAGCUGAAGAGGAGGAGGAAGGAAGAAAACUCAUGGCGUAUGACAAAGAGUGGAAAAAGAAUUAUGAAGAAAGUCGUGUUAAUCGUGUUGCAAGUUGGCGAGAUUUCAAGGCGAAAAAGUCCAAAACAUCAAAAGGUAUAGGCGGUUUAAAACCACCGAAAACAAAAAUGGAACAAAGACCCGGUUAACAAAACAGGAUCUUCAAUACGUAUAUUUCUAUCCGCUUUGUAGAAAAAGAAUAACUAUUUGUAAAAAAGAAGUAUUCUCCUUGCAACUCAUAUUAUUGUCAUACUAUUUAUGUACUAUCAUUUUGAUCACUUCUUGCCCUCUGUGUAUAUGUAUCAUUUAAAAUGAAAACAAAACACUUUCGUAAAUCCAAACAGUUUGUUUUUGCACAUGAUAAAAUAUGCUGAAAUCAUAGGACAAUUACUUGAUAUAUGUAUCAAGUUGUAGAAGGCAUUCACAAAACAAAUUCAUAUUUAACAAUGAUCAUGGUAAUAAAAAAAAUAAUAUCGCUUAAAUCAUACGCCAUAUCAAACAUCAUCGGAUUAUAUGAGUAAGUAGAAGUUACUUGUAGUUGUAAAAUGGAGUGGGGGAGGUUGGUAUACACGAUAAUGUAAGAUAAAAAUACACACAAAAUUGAAUGUUUGAUGGUGAUUAUGAGAUUAAUUCACUUAACAAAAAAAGGUGAUAAACACACCGGUGUGAAAGUUUACUGAACUGUUUAAUAGAUGACAUACAAAAGAAAAGUGGAACAAAACAAGUACCGAUAUCAUAGAAUUGCAGGAAAGAAAAAAAACAGAUAAGGAAUGAAAAAAUGCGAUACAAUCUGAUUGUUUUAAUGCUUGUUUGGAGAUAUUUUGUGUGUGAGAGAGAGAGAGAGAAAAAGAAAGGAAUUUUUUGUUAUCUAUUUUUGUGUGUUUUGAGGUUAAGUAUUUUAGCUAAUUCUGUAUCCCAUGUAAGUACUUGUUGUCUAACUGGGUCAUAUUUA